AUGGAUCACGACUUCUGGGUCACCGCGGCACCCGAAAGUUAUCGUGUUGAGUACAAGGCUUGGUGGGCCGCGGACCUUGUAAAUCCCAUCGCUGCCUUCCAUAGCACUGAGAAUGACACCCUCAGUGAACAAUCAGUGCAUGCCCUCCAACAAACCUACGGGUAUAUGGCGUUCAACAACAACAAAUUUGGUAUCCUUACCAAUUGGAAGCAUGCCUUGUUCCUGCGUCGCGCUGAAACACCCGAUCGCAAGACCCUUGAGUACUAUCUGGUUGAGCUAAACAGAGCUGGCUGGCUCUCAAUGCUCAAAGUGUUCGUUGGCAUGGUGUUGCUUGCUGAGGAUGACUGGUUCUAUCCAUGCCCUACCCUAUUCCCUGCCCCUCUGAACCUAAGCUUUGGAACGUCGCCUGCUGCCUGGAAGAAUCGGAGGGCAGCCGUUGCUGUUGCUGGAGGAUAUUCUAUGCAACCCGUCAAUGGUGCUUACCAGCGUCGUCCUAUUGACUUUCACCUAUGUUGCCUUGACCCCCGCUCUGCUCGUCCUCGAGUGGAUGGUUGUGUAGUGACUGCGACAUUGCUAUCACAAUCCGCUGGGUUCCCUGACCUCAAUGUUGUCUGCAAAAUUGCUGAUGCCUUGCACUCUGCCGAUGCAGCAAGUUCACUAAAUGAUGAAGCCUGUACCUAUGCUGCUCUACAAGAUCUCCAAGGCAAAGUGAUACCCACACUGCAUGGCUUCUAUGAAGUUUGGGGGAUUCUGCAGUUUCUUGCUCUUGAACCUGUCGGUAACGCCAUUCCUGAAGAUGAACAAAUCGACCAAACACUUCGCACGGAAAUGAAGGCAGCUCUCCGGCACAUUCACAAUGCGGGGUAUCUCCACGGCGAUAUCGCGCGUCGUAACUUUUGUAGAACGGAUAGCGGUGACAUUUUCUUGGUGGACUUGGAGAGAUGUCAACCUUCUGGGGACCCAUCCGAGCUGGAUCGUGAGAUGGAUAAGGUAGACAGGUUGUAG